GUCCGAACGUAACAGAAUUUCGCUCACGCCGAUUGGCCGUCUCCACUUCCUCCUUUUCCGCAUUUAUUCAAGGCUUUCACUCUCUCUCUCUCUCUCUCUCUCUCUCUCUCUCUCUCUCUCAGAGUCACCACUAUGGAGACUGCGGCGGCGGAGUUGGAACAAAAAUCGGAGGCGAAACAGAGGAGCCUAGGCGCGGCGUUUGAGUCGUUGAGUUCGCAAGCUUCGUCGAUUCUGAAGUUUACGGUGGAGUGGAAGGAGCUGGAGGACCAUUUCGAGUCGACCCGGAGGGUGCUACGGACCCGGUUCGAGGAGGUAAGGGAUCGCGUGAAGGAGGUGGCGGAGAUGGAGGCGAAGGAGGAGAGGCUGAAGAUGGAGGUGAAGGGGAGGGAGAAGGAGUUGAGGGAAAUCGAGGAGGUGGUGGAGCGGAGGAGGAGGGAGGUGGAGGAAAGUGAGAGUUAUUUGGAGUCUGUGAGGGCUUUGAUUGUGGAGAAUGAUGAGGAGCUUAGGGUAAGGGAGGAGAGGUAUGAUAAAGUUGAGAGAUUGAUUAGGGAGAAGGAGAGGGAGGUGGAGGAGAUGGAGAAGCAUGUGAGAGAGAGGUCUAGGAAGUUGAGUUGGCUGGACAAGAGGAUAGAGGUGAAGAAGAAGGAGGUUGAGAGGAAGGAGAGGGAGCUGAGAGAGGUUAGGGAUUUGGAGGAGAAGAAAUUGAGUGGUGUUAGGGGGUUGAUUGAGGAGAAGAGGAAGGAAGUUGAGUUGAAGGAAGAUGAGAUGGUGAUGGUGAAAGGGAGGGUUGAGGAUUGUGAUAGGGAAAUGAAGGAGAAAGAGGAGAGGCUGAGUUUGAUUGAGAAAUCGAAAGGGGAAAUGAUUGGUGUGGUGGAUUUGAAAGGGAAAGAGUUCUGUUUGCUGAAGAAAUCAAUGGAGGAGUGGUGCUGUAAGAUUGAAGUGAAGGAGAGGGAGCUUGAAGGAUGGGUUGAUAAGUUGGAAUCGAAAGAGAAGGAAGUUGAAUUGAAGGUUGAGGAGCUUGAUUUGAUUCGUAGCAAGUUCCUUGAUGAGCUUCAGUUCAAAGAAAAUCAUUUGGAUUCGCUUGAAAAAUCGUUACUAGAAUGGGAGGAGGAUCUGCAUUCCCUCCAGAAGUCGGUACAAGAAUGUUCCCGGGGAAGUGAGAUCAUUAGGAAUGGAAGAGGAUUGCAGCAGUUCAUGGACGAGCAUCUGAAGAGAAUUGAUUCCAUGGGUACUGAACUGUCAGCGAUUCUUAAAGACUCUUCAGACCCGGGGAAGUUGGUUUUGGAUGCAAUGCAGGGGUUUUAUGCUGACAACAGGGAGUUAGAUUUUGAAUUGAGAGUUAGAAGAAGAAGUUGUUGUCUUUUGUUAGAGGAGUUGAGGAGAAUCUCCCCACAAAUGAAUCCGCAAGUGAAAGAGGAGGCGACGAAACUGGCUGCUAAUUGGAAAGCCAAGAUGACAGUGGCGAGUGACAAUGAUUUGGAGGUCUUGGGAUUUUUGUGGCUUGUUGCUGCUUAUGACUUAACUUCUAUCUACGAUGCGAAGGAGCUUAAAAGGCUUCUUUCUAAAGUUUCGCGGGGUGAACAAGCAGCUCAAAUAGGCCUGGCCCUUGGUAUUCCGGCACCUGGAAGCCGCAACAUUUGUUCCCCUGUCAAAAUUGAGGAACCAGAAUCUUCUACGGCCAACAAUGCAGCAACUAUUUCUUCUCCUAAUCCUCAAACAAGUGCCACCACAGAUGCAAGGGAUUCACGGGGGUGUAUAAAUGAGACUUUGAAUUGGAAUGUAGAUACAAUACAGAAUGAAAUAGUGGCUUCUGUUCAAUCGGCAUCGGACCCAGAAGAACUUGUGUUGAAGAUGAUGCAAAAUUCUCUUGGCAAAUACUGGACAAGCACAGAAGAUGGUCUGAAAAGGCAUGUCAUGUCGUGUAAUAUUUCUCUAUUAAAGAUGCUAAUGAGAGUCUCACCACAAGUUGGAUCUCACGUAAAAGAAGAUGCCAAAAAGCUAGGACUCCAAUGGAAAGCAAAAAUUAGAGCUGAUGCUGAACAUUUGGAACAUCUUUUGGAGAUUGUGGGGUUUUUGCUAUUUAUUGUUGCAUAUGGAUUGCUUCCUACACUAAAUGGAGAUGAGAUUGUAAAGUUUCUUGAGAAGCUUUCUCAAUAUAAAGAAGCUGUAGAAUCAUGUCAGAUGCAUGGUUUUCUAGAUAAGAUCCUUGCUGUUUUUAUUCAGACACUAGUGGAAAGGAAGCAACUCUUUCAGGCUCUUGGAUUUGUCUUUAAGUUCAAGUUACGGGACAAGUUCACUCCAGUACGAGUCUUAAAAGACUAUGUGAAGGAUGCAAUGAAGUGUUGGUCAGAAACUUUGAAGAGAAAGAAAUCAGUUGAUGAAAAGGUUGAGUUUUUAGACAGCAAAAUAGCUGCUUUUGGAACUGUGCUUCGAUGCAUCAAAGAAUACAACCUCGAGUCUGAAUACCCGUCCAGGGAAAUUGCAGUACAAAUAGGUGAGCUGGAAAAACUAAAGGAGAUUUGGAGAAGUUCGGCAAAACAUCUUGCCUCUGUCACUAGACAGCAAGAGAGUCAAGGGAAGAAACGUAGUAGCAGCACUUGUUCCCCUGCGGUUCAACAAGGACAACAGCAGAAAAGUAAAUUCCAUCGGACAGCUGAAGCAGCCCCUAGUCCCUAUAAAUCACCAACUUUCACCCCUGUGCUUCUGCAGUCAAGACCAUCAUCAUCUUUGGCGUAUGGAAAUGAUGGACAGCAUGGGCAGGUUGGUGAUAUGGCUGCCAACUCUAGUGAAGUUGAUAGAUCUUCAUCUUUGGCAUAUGGAAAUUACGGACAGCUUGGGCAGUUUGGUGAUAUGGCUGCCAACUCUAGUGAAGUUGAUAGAUCUUCAUCUUUGGUGAGUGAAAUUCAUGGACAGCAUGGGCAGUUUGGUUAUAUGGCUGCCAACUUAGCUGAAGUUAAUCCUCGUUUUGGUACCAUAGAUGAAGUUGAUCCUCAUUUUGGUGUACAUAAUCUUCCUAACCCUUAUUCAUCCAUGGAUUUCACCUUCUUCCCUGGCCGUUAUGGCCCAUAUUAAACCUAGAAUCAACCUGCGGGACAUGCUGAACAUGAAGGGCCAGGGUGUGUUGCAACUUCAAAUCCCGGUCCCAAUGCAUAUUACUGAUUUUUGUCCAUGCUUGUACUGUCAUCCUUGAAGCACCAGCAACUGUACUGAUGUCACAACUUUGCUAAAUAGCAUAGCCUUCUUUGCUUAGUUGUAUUACUUGCUUUUGUAUAGUAGGAGAACCACCUACUUUAGCCGACUGUAUUUUCAAAGUUAAUAGUAGUAUUUAACGUAGUGUGUUGGGUUA